AUGCACUUGCAUAACACUUUACACUAUAUCUCAAAUAAUAAGGCAUUCAGUGAUAAAAUUAGAUAUUUAUUCCCCCUGGCAUCUUUCAUUUACUCAUUUUUCAUUUUAAAAAGGCACUUCUUUUGGGUUGCCUUCAGAGGAUUCCUGACUCAGAGGAUGUCUUCUAAUACCAGAAUACCAGACUGCCAUGACCUUUAUUUUUAUUUCAACCACGAGCUGAAUUUAGAAGUAGAGAUGAUAAUAUCAACUGAGUAUGCUGCUAUAUUACAAACUGUGUCAUGGAGACACUGCUUUGAAGGAUACCUAGAGAGAGUGUUAUUCUUGGAAUUUCCCUGGUGGUUCAGUGGUUAA